AUGGCUAAAAAGGUUGUCGCCAUUGAUGCAGCUAUCAACUCUCUAGUAAGGAUCACAUAUGGCCUCAUGCACAGAGCAGUGAUGGGAGUUACCACUGGAAAAUCAAAGAUCAAGAAACAGGGUAAAAAUAUGGGAGGCAAAGUGGAUGCCACAAGUAGCCUUGUAUUGAUGGGUAGGAUGGUUAGUAGUUUAGAUGGUUUUUUUAUUAUUCUGGGUAGUAUGGAUAGUUCUGGCAUUGCUAACUCCUUCGGGGAGCUUGUGGCUAUAGAUUCUACGACAGCAGCACGAAAGAGGCAGUCGUAUGACUAUUGCAAAAACUUCACGGUUGACUGGGUGCUGACUGACUGGCCGAAAAAUAUGACUGGGCGGAGGCACCGACAGCAAGGUGUGCCGGCGGCGGCGCCAGAGGUGGCGGGGUUGGCAGGGCCAGCAGGGGCGGCGGCUGGAGGCGUCGGCAGGAGCUGCGUAGUGGCGGCAUCGAGUGGAGCUGAGAGGUGCUGCCGAGGUGUUGCAGGAGGCAGCUGCGUUGGGGUUGUGCGGGAGGCGGCUGUGGUAGACUCGGCGGGAGGAGCUGCGCGGGGGCGGGUUGGCAGGGGCGGCGCGGGGCCGGCAGCUGGAGGCGUCGGCAGGAGCUGCGUAGUGGCGGCACCGAGUGGAGCUGAGCGGUGCUGCCGAGGUGCUGCAGGAGGCAGCUGCAUGGGGGCUGUGCAGGAGGCGGCUGCGGUAGACUCGGCGGGAGGAGCUACGCGAGGGCGGUGCGACGGGAGGCCGCCAGUGGAGCUGCAGAGAUCGGAGGGUGAUGUGGCAGCCAACUGGGCUGCUAACGUGGCACUGGCAGGGCUGCGUGGCGAGACUGUCCGUGUGGCGGAUCCACGUGGGAGGUGGCGGCAGUUGCAGGGCAUGUCGGAGGGCGACUUGAGUCGUUGGCAGGAGGCACCGACAGCAAGGUGUGUCGGCGGCGGCGCUGGAGGUGGCAGGGUUGGCAGGGCCGACAGGGGCGGUGUGGGGCCGGCGGCUGGAAGCGUCGGCAGGAGCUGCGCAGUGGCGGCACUGAGUGGAGCUGAGUAG